CCCUCCCCCCACCACCACCACCUCAACGGCCUCCCCCAGAGUGCCCCGUCCCUGCCCCUGUCCAUAGCGAACCUCUCUACCUCGCACUAUUCCCUGCGAACUCCGGCCCACCGCCAUCCGGCCAUGUUCGCAACCCCCGCCACACUGCCGCCACCUCCGACCUUACCCACCAACAGCCUCGUGGUCCCCGGGCACCCCGCUGGUACUCCGUACCCAGAGCAUGACCUCCUGCGGCAGGAGCUGAACAACCGCUUCCUGGUUCAGAGUUCAGGGAGGAGCAGGGGGCCGCCCUCGGCCUCGGCCUCGCCCCUGGCCCCCGUGUCGCUCCUGCGGGCAGAGUUUCACCAACACCAGCACAUGCACCAGCACCAACACACCCACCAGCACACCUUCACUCCCUUCCCUGCCAGUCUGCCCCCGGCCGCCAUCCUAGCUCCGCCCACCGCACCCCCAAUGGUGCGUACCCCGGCCAAAAAUUUCGACAAAUACGCCCCCAAACUGGACAAUCCAUUCAUCAGGCAUUCAAAUGUACGUACAUGUCCUUUUUUUUCUUCCCCCUCAUACCCCCCCACAAUGCCAGGCAUGCCCCCUCUGCUACCUCACUCAGGACCCUUCAGCUCACUGCAAGGAGCCUUCCAGCCCAAGGCCUCGAAUCCCAUAGACGUAGCAGCUAGGCCCGGGACAGUACCUCACACACUCCUGCAGAAGGACCCGCGGGUUUCAGAUCCUUUCAGGUCGUCAGUGAGGAAACCUGGCAAGUGGUGUGCGGUGCACGUCCAGAUUGCGUGGCAGAUCUACCACCACCAGCAGAAGAUGAAGCAAAUGCAGCUGGAUCCCAACAAACUGGACAUGAACGGCAAGCUGGACCUGUUCAGCCGGCCCCCAGCUCCAGGGGUGUUCCCCGGCUUCCCCUACCCCCACGACCUGGCCAGACCCAUGUUCUCCUCCACGGGCUCUGGGCAUCCUGCCGCCUCCCCUUACGGCCCCUCCCCUCACCACAGCAGCUUCCUGCCUCCUAGCCACUUGGCAGGUAAGUAUCCAUUCAGUCGCUCCAGUACCUUUGGCGGCCUCGGCAACCUUUCAACCAGUGCCUUCGGAGGAUUAGGCAACCCCUCGCUCGGCUCCAACAGCGUGUUUGGCCAUAAAGAUGGCCCGGGCGGGUUGCCAGGUUUCGGCGCCUCCCACCAUGACGCCUGGAACCGGCUCCACCGCACCCCGCCCUCCUUCCCCACCCCGCCCCAGUGGCCCAAGUCUGCCGACGCCGAGCGCAGCGGCUCGGCCAACAGCCACCACGAGCGGGAGCGGGAGAGGGAGCGAGAGAGGGACCGGGAACGGGAGAAGAGAGACUCCUCCGUCGGCAAGGAGGAGAAGGACAGAGACAGAGACUCCCUGGAGCGCAGCCGCCACUCCAACCGCUCGUCGCCGGCGUCGGCGCCCGUCAGCUACCAGAUCAGCAGCCUGAUCCGCUCCAACAGCCAGAACUCGAGCGACUCGGGCCGCCACCGCAGCGGCAGCGUGGACCGCGUGCGCGAGGCGGAGAAGGAGCUCCUGGAGCGCCACCGCGAGGCGGCCAUGUUGACGGGGGGGGGGGACGUCAAGGUGAAGGAGAGCCGCUCCCCGGGGAAGGAGGUGCCGGAGAGGCGCCCGGGCGACGACGGCGUCAAGCCCGUCCGCCGCUCGCCCUCGCCCUACACCAAGGCGGCGCUGGGCGAGGCGGGGAUGAAGAUGGCGGGCGGCGGGCCCCCGCCCGCGCUGAAGGACGGCGAGCGGCGGGAGACGCCGGCGUCGGAGCUCAUGCUCAAGGUAAAGAACGACAUGAAGAUCAAGGAGGAGAGGAAGGAGGAGCAGGAGGUGAUGGUGGUCGGCUCCGAGCCCGCCCCCCACCCCCCUCCCGCCCCGGCUCCGCCCAUCCCCUCCAUGCACCCGGGCCACCCCCACCACCACCACCCGCCCCUCUCCCAGCAGAUCCCGCCCCCGUCCCCGCGUUGCAGCGACCUCCCCCCCCACCACGGCUCCAUCCACGGCAUGCCCAUGGCCCACUCCCUCCCCCUGUCCAUGAGCGCCAUGCACCAGAUGGGCAGCCUCAACGUGCUGGACCGGGCCCGCAUGGCCCCCUUCAUGGGGGUGAGCCCCCUGGCGGCGGGCCGAGAGCGCCUGCCCCACCAGGCCUUCCCCUGGGACCCCCUGCGGGAGGCGUAUCGGAGCCUGGACCUGCAGCGCCGCAUGGACUUCCAGCUGCGGGCCGAGCAGGGCCACCGCUUCCCGGGCAUGUACGAGCAGGAGCGCGCCUACAGGGAGAGGGAAGCCCACGACUACUCGCACCACGAGCACCUGCUGGAGGUGCGGCGGGAGCACGAGCGCAUGAGGCAGCAGGCGGAGGAGAGGGAGCGGCUCCACCUGAGGGAGGAGCUGGACCGGGCUCGCCUCCACCAGCUCCACCAGUCCCCCAUGGAGGGCCACCUCCCCCACAUGCCCCCGUUCAUGUCCCACCUGGGGGGGAUGCCCUACCCCAGACUCAGCCCCUCCACGGGACACAACGGCCUGCUGAACAGGACGCCCCCCACGGCCGCGCUCAGCGCCCCGCCUCCGCUGGUGCCGGCUGGAGGCGUCCGGCCCAACUCCCCCAGAAGGACUACCCCUCUCACCACCCAGGACCCCCGGGAUUACUCCCCCUCCCGCAACCCCAAAGAGGUGGAGGCACGGUAGCUUCACGGACAAAAGGAUCGGCGGGGCGCUUAGGAAAGUACCCUUCCCGCCUCACCCGCCCCAUUUCAGACCUCUUAAAGAACAAGAUGCACUGCUUUUUCACACAGAGAGAACAGCAAAGUCGAGAGAAAACAGUAUGAUUGUACAAAGCAAAGAUUUGUUCGGCUGACGAAGCACAUGCCAUGAGUUCAUUUUAUAUAUGGACCGGAAGAGGAGAAUGUCGGAGACAUAAAUCAAGUACAAGUACGUGUAUGUCUGUUUCCGACUUAAAAUUUGAUAAUAAUAUUAAUAUAUUAAUCCAAUAACUUCUUCCGGCUUUACGCGGAAAAAGAAAGUCCUCAAAUGAGUUUGUACAUUUCCUAUCCUCGUUCCAUGUAUAGACAUCAUUUUUAUGAAUUUGUGCAUUAAGUCUCUAUUUCUUUUCCCCCUGAUAUUUAUCUUGGUUUGUUGGUGAGGCAUCUAGGAUGCGCUGCGAUAAUGACUGGAUCUGUCAGCUGUAACUGAAGCUCAUGGUACCUGGGGGAUCCUCAUUAACGACAAUGUACCACGUUACAUUACAGAUUCGCUUUGUUUAUGUGCUUUGCCUUCGAGAUAUGCAGACAAAUAUUAUAUGACGAGGUCUUUGUUCGGUCUCUGUAAAAAAGAUUCUUGUAAAUAUCUUGUUGAUAUUCCUUGCUGCAAAAUUACCAUGUACAUUUAUUAGGCUUUUUAAAUGUUUCUAGAAAAAAAAAAUACAAACGACAUCAAACAGAAACCACUUCCCUGUUGGAAACCAUGGUAACAGACAAGCCUACCCAAUGGGAGCGGGGGAAUGGUAAAGGGGCCUGAACAGAACAACUGCAAUCUAUGCAAAGAGGCUCCUAGAAACCUUAUGAAGAGGCCACCUGGAGAGAACGUUGGAUAUGUUGAUUCAGUAAACAGAACAGGGUCCCCCCCCCACCCCCCUCAGACUAUGGAAUGGAAUAAUUACAAAAACCGGAAGACAUUCAGGUCCUAAAUUGUACUGGAAGGCGUACAGACCGGGUGAGACUAACAGCAAGAGAAAGACACUUUUGAUUGGACGGCAAAAGGACUUUCUCUGUCGACCUUGUGGUGUUGUGCAGUUGUUUUUCUUAGACUCUUGUAUACAAAACAAGUAGAGUUUUAGGCGUGCAAAAAAAAUGAAAACGAACAUUCAUGGUUUAAAAUGUACGGAAUAAAGUUUGGACCUAAA